AUGGGGGGAGAUGGGAGACACCUGAUGCAACAGUUGGGAGGGGAGGAGAGUCUGGUCCCUCAGCCUCGUGGGAGUCUACACAAAGCCGGUGCGAUAGGAUUGGCUACCGUGGUGAUGACGGCCAUCUUGGUUUUGGAGCCUGAGAGCUUCUUCAGACACGUUGCAGCAGCGAUACUCAUCCUGACUGUGGGGCCCUCGCUGCAUGGAGUGUUUCUCCUCUUAGAGGAAUGUCUUCAUCAUGCAACUACCCGGUACCGUGGUGGGAGGCUGGGUCAGARGGUGACAGCCUGUGUGGGUGUGUAUACUCUCCUGGGUGUGGGGUUGGCAGUGCUGCUGUUGGGCCUGACCGAGCCACAGCCCUGGAGAGACCAGUGGAGCAUGGUGAUCUUGGCCUGUGGCCUCUACCCUCUACUCAAAACCCUGGGAGUACUGGGUCCGUCUGAAGUGGAAGUGUCAGAGAUUUGUGAGGAGAGGAAGAUGAACGUGGCUCAUGGCCUGGCUUGGUCUUUCCACCUGGGCUACCUCAACCUGGUGUUGCCUCGGUUGGAGGGUUCUAUAUCAGAAUUCCGUGCCUCACACACGGCAGGUCCGUUUGAGACCAGGGGUUCCAGAAAGCUCCUAAUCCUCCUCCCUCUCAACGCCAACAUCGCUCACAAGCUGGAGGAUGAAGACACCAACAUCCGUUUCUAUGACAACCUCCCUAACACAGAGAUCGACAGAGCAGGGGUCAGGGGGCGUGUCUACAAGCACAGUGUCUACAGCCUAUUGGACGAGAAUAGACAGGCCCAUCACUGUGUGGUGGAGUAUGCCACCCCUCUGCUGACACUGUAUAAGAUGUCUCAGGAGAGUAGUGCAGGGUUUGGGGAGAGGGACAGGAGAGAGCAGGUGCUGRUGUUCUACAGGACUCUACAGGACAUACUGGACCGCUCACUGGAGUGCAGGAACCGCUACCGACUCAUCCUGCUCAACGAUGAGCAUGAGGAUGACCCUCACUUCCUGUCCAAGGCCAUUCUGAAGAACCUGGAUCAGCAGGAGAAKGAAGAGUUCUAUGUUCUCCCUGUCAACCCUCAGCCUGAGGUGGACCACCCACUCAUCCCUCCCGCCACGAUCUGCAUAGAUGACAUGCACCAAAUUGAGCCAAUGAGCAGUGUGCCAUCACUGAUGAUCAGUCAUGACAUGCCACGUACACUCAGGGAACCAGUUGAGAACUCAGACAUCCUUUCUCCAUAUGAUGGGACAGGUGUAAGGAGAUAAACACUCACUUAAAUUUUAGUAGAUGCUCUUAUCCAGAGCAAUUUACAGGAGCAAUUAGGGUUAACUGCCUUGCUCAAGGGCACAUUGACAGAUGGUCAUAUUUUUGUUAGUUUACUAUGUUUGUUCGUUUACUAUAGUUAAACACGGGAUGUUCGGGUUCUCAAUGCAAAAAAAGUAUAUUAUUAUACAACAGAAUUAGUUAAGGAAAUUGAAAACAGUAGAAAUACAAUAUAUCCUGAAUUGCUUAACUGAAUAUGAAUGCUAGGUAAUAUAUGUCAAGGAAUUUAGGUUGCUACUGGUGUGUAGCUGUUUUUUUUAAACAGGAUAUUGUUAAUUGUGUAAUACAGUCCUAUAUUGGCUGUAACAUUUAGUGUUGUUUUUCUGUGAUCAUUUUGUGUGUCAUGUAUGCAGAACUYAUGUAGGCAUAUAAUAACAACCCCGCUUAUUCCUCACAUUGCCUGCAUGUUGUUCUAUACUCUCCUAAACUCUGUAAUUUAUCUGUCCGUACUCUGUGUACACCGCUAUGAUGGAUUUACAUUGUUUGCACAGACGGAAUGUGCAUGCUUGAACCAUGGUGUGAAGUAAACAGAGAUAGAGAGCGAGAGAGAUCCCAUCUUUGCAUGCCUGGCCGGAGCUAGGGAGUGAGCUGAGAGCUGAGCCUGGGCUGAUCAUUCAGAGGAGAACAGAGCCUGAGCCACAAGUUAUCAGGCAUGUUAUCUAGCUAUAGUCAGUACCAUAGAAAUAUAAUGAAUUGAAUGGGCUUGGACGUUCUAACCCUGGCAAUUUGACUGGUAAACUCAUGGGUACACUCACAAUGGCUGCCUGGUUUUGAGAUGUGAUAAUUUUCAUGGUAUUUUGGAAUGUUCUAUCAACUGAUGCUGGAUUGCCAUGGUAAUGUAGAAUGUUCAUUAAAGUAAUGCUAACUGAUG